AUGGAAGACCUACCCAAUUCCUUGAUCGUAAGGUUACCGCCACAAGGUCCGGCCUCCGAUGCUUUCUCUUCUGCGCCACGGGAAAAGCACAAUAAAAAGAGCAUUCGCCCUCCAGUACUCUUGCAUCGCGAACACGAAGAACCACACGGCUAUCUCAGCCAAUGGUAUCUCUCGUCCUUCACAGACCCGACAACGAAUCAAACCUACAACUGUGCAGAGCAAUACAUGAUGCACCACAAAGCCCUCUUUCGCGAUGAUCUCACAACCGCAGCCUCUAUUCUCGCAACACCAUACCCGAAAGACCAAAAAGCGCUUGGUCGUUGCGUGGCAAAUUGGGACGAUGAAGCUUGGGAUGCAGUCAAGGAGAAGGUCGUCGAGGACGGAAGCUAUCUCAAAUUUUCCCAGAACAAAGACUUGAAGGAGAGGUUGUUGAUGACAGGAGAAAGAGAGCUGGUGGAGGCGAGUGCGAGUGAUCGAGUUUGGGGUGUUGGGUUCAACGCAAAGUCGGCAUUGUCAAAAAGGGACGAAUGGGGUUCGAAUCUGCUAGGUAAGUGUUUGAUGAGAGCGAGAGAGAGGGUCAAGGAAGACGAAGCAAAAAGAGUAUGA